AUGGAGAAUAUAGCAGCGACAGAGUCGCAGUGGCUUACCCAACUAGCGGCCAUGCGCCAGGCCAUCGCCGAUCUAAAGCUCCCGAAAGACCUACCCCACGAUACGACUGGAUAUGGAAGUGAUAUGGAUUUGGACCUCGAUGACUCCUCCUCCUCCCCAGGAACGAUAGAUGAUGUUUGGGAUGUUAUCAGCUCGGACGAUGAGACAAGCGAUGAUCAGGAAGAGUUGGCAGAGUUGAAUGAAACGUCCUUCGCCCAAAGCUCACCGUACGACCGAUUUUGGCUGGAAGAGAAAUGUCAAGGCGUUGCAGCUCGAUCAAGCAUGGAUGCGGCGGAGCUCAGCCAACAAAUAAUUGCCACUCUGGCAGCUGAUAGCGAUGAUGGCGAACUGCAGAUGUCUCUUGCCGAAAUUGUAGGGUUUGAGGAUCUCGACCUGGUCAUUGAACUGAUUGCACACCGAACGGAGAUCUUGUCGGACAAACCUCAACGCGUGGAGGCACAGACGGAUGGACUCGCUUCUUCAAAGCUUCUCACAAAAUCUGAAAGGGAGGAGGCUUUAUGGCAGCGCAAUUUCGAGCAUAAGAAUGCCCCGCUCAUGGCCGCUCAAACCCGAGGGGAACCCGCAUACCCACAUGUCUUUAAACAAAAUACCUCCGGAAAUCUUCUCUCAGCUAGCGGCCGCAAAUAUGGUUUGCCUGUCGGUAGCGAACAUUUCGUCGAACAGAAGUACGAAGAAUAUGCAAUCCCUGCUUCGAAAGUAGGCACACUCGCAAGGAACCAGAAACUAGUCGAGAUUGCUGGACUAGAUGGCCUCUGUCGUGGUACAUUCAAGGGCUACAAAAGUCUCAAUCGUAUGCAGAGUUUACUUUAUGAUGUUGCAUACAAGACUAGCGAGAACAUGCUUAUUUGUGCCCCUACUGGAGCUGGUAAAACUGAUGCUGCCAUGCUUACUAUUCUUAACACAAUCGGAAAAAAUACCACACCCAACCCAUUAGAUGAACCUGAUGCUACUGAAUUCGUUGUUCAAGUGGAUGACUUCAAGAUUGUUUACGUCGCUCCCAUGAAGGCAUUGGCAGCCGAAGUAACGGAGAAGCUGGGCAAGCGGCUUGCUUGGCUGGGAGUUCACGUCCGAGAAUUGACUGGUGAUAUGCAGUUAACCAAGCGUGAGAUUGUGGACACGCAAGUCAUUGUCACCACCCCUGAAAAAUGGGAUGUUGUUACUCGAAAGAGUACUGGUGACACUGAGCUUGUUCAAAAAGUAAGGCUGCUUAUUAUUGAUGAGGUCCACAUGCUUCAUGAUGAACGUGGUGCUGUCAUCGAAUCCUUGGUCGCUCGAACCCAACGACAAGUUGAAAGCACGCAAUCAUUAAUCCGCAUCGUCGGUCUUUCUGCCACUCUCCCCAACUAUGUUGAUGUAGCCGAUUUCUUAAGAGUGAAUAAGAUGGCUGGUUUAUUCUUCUUCGAUGCGUCGUUCCGACCAGUUCCUUUGGAACAGCAUUUCAUUGGUGUCAAGGGUAAAGCAGGCUCCAAGCAGUCGCGUGAGAACCUAGAUGUUGUCGCGUAUGAGAAGGUGCGAUCCAUGCUGGAAAGAGGUCAUCAAAUCAUGGUCUUUGUGCAUUCUCGGAAGGAUACUGUCAUGACAGCACGUAUGUUGAAGCAGCUGGCUGCAGAGGAUGGCUGCGAGGAUCUUUUUAGCUGCCAUGAGCACGAGGACUAUUCAUCCGCUCUCCGUGAUAUGAAACAGUGCCGUGCGCGUGAGCUACGAGAACUCUUUAACAGUGGAUUUGGUGCUCACCAUGCUGGUAUGAGUCGCAGUGAUCGCAAUCUCAUGGAACGGAUGUUUUCUCAGGGUCUCAUCAAGGUUCUUUGCUGUACAGCCACACUUGCAUGGGGUGUCAAUCUUCCUGCCGCAGCAGUUGUCAUUAAGGGAACGCAGUUAUACAAUGCGCAAGAAGGAAAGUUUGUCGAUCUUAGUAUUCUCGACGUCUUGCAAAUUUUCGGUCGUGCUGGCCGUCCUCAGUUCCAGGAUACCGGCAUUGGCUUUAUUUGUACCACGCAGGAUAAACUGCAACAUUAUUUGUCGGCCGUGACAGCUCAACAGCCCAUCGAGUCUCGUUUCUCUAGUCGACUAGUUGACAACCUCAAUGCCGAAAUUUCUCUCGGCACCGUCACAUCGGUUCCUGAGGCUGUACAAUGGCUUGGCUAUUCAUAUCUCUUCGUUCGCAUGAAACGUGAGCCUCGCAACUAUGGUAUUGAAUACGCCGAACUACGAGAUGACCCGAUGCUUGUUCAGCGACGCCGUGCCUUAAUUAUCCAGGCUGCUCGUACUCUCCAGAAGAGCCAAAUGAUCAUCUACAAUGAAAAGACUGAAGAUCUCAGAGCCAAAGACGUCGGGCGUAUUGCUAGUCAAUACUAUGUCCUGCAGGGCAGUAUUGAAAUAUUCAACGAGAUGAUGCGUGCGCGCGCAGGCGAAGCGGACGUGCUCAAAAUGAUUAGUAUGAGCGGUGAAUUCGAUAAUAUUCAAGCUCGCGAGACAGAGUCCAAGGAGCUCCAACGCCUCCGAGAGGAGGUUGUUCAAACUGAAGUCGAAGGUGGAAACGACUCCCCACAUGCCAAAACAAACAUUUUGCUCCAAUCUUAUAUUUCACGAGCAAAGCUCGAAGAUUUUGCCUUGGUUUCCGAUACAGGUUAUGUAGCUCAAAAUGCAGCUCGUAUCUGUCGUUCCCUAUUUAUGAUCGCCUUGAAUCGCCGAUGGGGCUACCAAUGCCAAGUACUGUUGUCGCUGUGCAAGUCUAUUGAAAAACAAAUCUGGCCCUUUGAUCACCCUUUCCAUCAAUUUGAUCUUCCUCAGCCAAUCUUGCGCAAUCUUGAUGAGAAACUCCCAUCGUCUUCUAUUGAAUCAAUGCGAGAGAUGGAACCUGCAGAGAUUGGCCAACUCGUUCACAACCAGAAGAUGGGCAAGGUCUUAUCCAAGCUCCUAGAUAACUUUCCAACCCUGAGCGUUGAGACUGAAAUUGCCCCACUGAACCGCGAUGUCCUUCGCAUUCGCCUAUCAAUCUAUCCCGAAUUCACAUGGAAUGAUCGCCACCAUGGCGCAUCUGAGUCGUUCUGGGUUUGGGUUGAGAACUCCGAGACAAGCGAGAUUUACCAUCAUGAGUAUUUCAUCCUGAGUCGUAAAAAGCUCUACGAUGAACACGAACUUAACUUCACCAUUCCCUUGUCCGACCCACUCCCAAGUCAAAUUUAUGUCCGAGUUAUCUCCGAUCGCUGGCUUGGUGCGGAGACAGUUAGCCCUGUUUCCUUCCAGCAUCUGAUUCGCCCAGACACCGAGAGCGUUUAUACAGAUCUGUUGAACCUUCAACCCUUGCCCAUCUCUGCUCUUCAAAAUCCUAUUCUUGAAGAACUCUAUGGUCAACGCUUCCCGUUCUUCAAUCCCAUGCAGACCCAGAUUUUCCACUUGUUAUAUCACACGUCAGCUAAUGUCCUCCUCGGGUCUCCCACUGGUAGUGGAAAGACCGUGGCCGCUGAGUUGGCCAUGUGGUGGGCUUUCCGUGAGAACCCCGGCUCCAAAGUAGUAUACAUUGCUCCUAUGAAGGCGCUUGUUCGCGAACGAGUCCAAGAUUGGCGCAAGCGACUCACCGUUGCCAUGGGAUUGAAACUUGUCGAGUUGACUGGUGACAAUACACCUGAUACAAGAACCAUUCGUGAUGCCGACAUCAUUAUCACCACCCCUGAGAAAUGGGACGGUAUCUCCCGUAGCUGGCAAACAAGAGACUACGUCCGGAAAGUUAGCCUUGUGAUCAUCGAUGAGAUUCAUUUGCUUGGUGGCGAUCGAGGUCCUAUUUUGGAAAUUAUUGUGUCUCGAAUGAAUUACAUUGCCUCUCAGUCCAAAGGCUCUGUCCGUCUGAUGGGUAUGUCUACUGCUUGCGCAAAUGCAUCCGACCUAGGAAACUGGCUUGGUGUUAAGGAAGGUCUUUUCAACUUCCGCCAUUCCGUUCGUCCUGUACCCCUUGAAAUCUUCAUCGACGGAUUUCCAGAACAGCGUGGCUUCUGUCCAUUGAUGCAGUCCAUGAAUCGCCCAACGUUCCUCGCAAUCAAAAACCACUCGCCUGAGAAGCCUGUCAUCGUCUUCGUUGCCUCUCGCCGACAAACUCGUCUUACUGCUAAAGAUUUGAUUAACUACUGCGGAAUGGAAGACAACCCCCGUCGCUUCGUUCGCAUGUCUGAAGAUGAUCUGGAGCUGAAUCUUACGCGGGUCAAGGACGACGCCCUGAGGGAGGCUCUAAGCUUUGGUAUUGGUCUCCAUCACGCCGGUUUGGUCGAGUCCGACCGACAACUCUCCGAAGAACUCUUCGCCAAUAACAAGAUUCAGAUUUUAGUCGCGACCAGUACUUUGGCUUGGGGUGUUAACCUUCCAGCUCACCUUGUUGUAGUGAAGGGUACUCAGUUCUUUGACGCCAAGAUUGAAGGUUAUCGCGAUAUGGAUUUGACAGAUGUGCUACAAAUGCUUGGUCGUGCUGGUCGUCCUCAAUUCGACACCUCCGGUAUCGCCCGCAUUUUCACCCAAGAUUCCAAAAAGGCAUUCUAUAAGCACUUCUUACACACUGGCUUCCCUGUGGAGUCUACGCUGCAUAAGGUUCUCGACAAUCACUUGGGUGCCGAAGUCUCCUCUGGCACAAUCACGACCAAGCAAGACGCCCUUGACUAUCUCACUUGGACCUUUUUCUUCCGUCGUCUACACAAGAAUCCAUCCUACUACGGCCUUGAGAUCUCAGCCGAAGAGCAGAACACAAUGGCUGCCCAGGCGGUUGCUCAAGAGUUCAUGGUUGAAUUGGUUGACAAGUCGCUUGACGAUCUCGCGGAGUCAUCUUGUGUUCUUGUGGAUUCCGCCACCGGGGAAGUUGAUUCCACUCCCUUCGGCAAAAUUAUGAGUUACUACUACUUGUCGCACAAGACUAUCCGCUACCUGGUCUCCCAUGCCAAGCGCGAUCCCACUUUCCAAGAUGUGCUUAGCUGGAUGUGUUCCGCUACUGAAUUUGAUGAGCUUCCUGUUCGUCACAACGAAGAUCUUAUUAACGCAGAGCUCGCCCAGAACCUACCAUUGUCCAUUGAAUCUAUGGGUGAUCUACCCAUGUGGGAUCCCCAUGUCAAGGCAUUCCUCUUGCUACAGGCGUAUAUGUCGCGGAUUGAUCUUCCAAUCUCCGACUAUGUUGGUGAUCAAACAUCAGUCUUAGAUCAAGGCAUUCGUGUCAUACAAGCAUCUAUCGAUGUCAUGGCGGAACUAGGAUACAUACCUGCCUGCCAUAUGUUCAUGAGACUGCUACAAUCCAUCAAGUCAGCCCGCUGGCCGGAAGAUCACCCAUUGUCUAUCCUCCCAGGAGUGCCGACCGAGAAACCUCAUGGUGUCCCAUCAUCCUUGGUAGCGCUGGCUUCACAACCUUCCGGUUCCGUCACUGCGCUGGUCAAGAAACUCAAUCUUCCUCCUCACUUCACCCGUGCCGCUUCACAGUUACCCAACAUCUCCAUCUCAGUUGAAGGCAUUUCACCCAAGGGAAUGAACGUCUCGCUCAUCCGAAGAAACACACACACGAACCAAGAAUACAGAAUCUAUGCCCCUCGAUUCCCCAAGCCUCAGACCGAGGGAUACUUUUUGAUUGUUAGUGUUGCUCGUCCAGAUGGCAGUGAUGGUGAUCUUCUCGGCUUGAAACGAGUGUCGUGGCCCUCCGCCUCCAAGCUCCGACAUGGCAAGGGACGUGUCGAGGGAGGAUCCUCUAAAUACAAUGGGCCGCGCUCAUUAUCCGUUCGUUCUUUGGUCAAGUUCCCUGGUGCUGCUCUAGCAGAAUCAGGCUCUGUCACGACUGAAGGUAUCGCUCGGGUUAAUGUCAAACUCAUCAGCGAUUCUUACAUUGGUAUGGAGUGGAAUUUGUCGAAUGUCGAUCUUGAUCUCGCAUCUGCAACUGGGACUCAGAAUAUUGAGCCAUCCAGCGUACCUGUCAAGGGUUAG